CAGACCAUCUUCUGCAAGCGUCAUUCAAUGAUGUGAGCUGCGAUUCAGCUGUUCGAUUUACUGCUAUCGACGGCAAGUGCCAAGUGUUGGUUGUGCAUCUGUAUUGUCUAUGCAUGCAUAAAAUUCAUCAAAUGCCUGAAAAUCCGGCGGAGAAUCUCUACAUCGUUGCCAUGAUAGUCCAUUUGAGAAUCCCAUGAAAGUGGUGUAUCCACAUGAUGCCAAUAAUUUUAUUUAUCUGAAACAGAACGUAAAAAUACCUACAUACAAAACUGGAAAUUUAAAGUAUUAUUUGGAUCCACAGUGUGUUAUACCAGCAAAUAAUAGAAUUCUUGGCGCUGCUUUCAAUGUAUACUGGAGUCACCAUUAUCACGAAAAAUUAGAGUACUCUGCAAUGCCAACGGCUACAGGAAACAAUAGCAGUUCACAUCAUACAAACAUUCCAAGCAAUGAAGAGUGUGGUAUCAGGGAUGUUUGGAGACAUAAUUUGGAAGAUGAAUUCAAGACAAUUCGUCAAGUUGUACAGAAAUACCAUUAUGUUGCCAUGGAUACAGAGUUUCCGGGAGUUGUUGCAAGACCAAUAGGGGAAUUCAGAAGUACAGCGGAUUAUCAGUACCAGCUUUUGAGGUGUAAUGUUGAUCUGCUUCGGAUCAUUCAACUUGGUCUGACAUUCCUGGAUGAAAAUGGAAAAACACCUGGCGGGUCAUACACAACAUGGCAAUUCAAUUUCAAAUUUAAUUUAUCGGAAGAUAUGUAUGCACAAGAUAGUAUUGACUUACUGCAAAAUUCUGGAAUUCAAUUUAAGAAACAUGAAGAAGAAGGGAUUGACCCACUUGAAUUUGCAGAAUUACUUAUGACAUCUGGUAUUGUACUUAUGGACAACAUCAAAUGGUUAUCUUUUCACAGUGGCUACGAUUUUGGCUACCUUUUGAAGUUGCUUACGGAUCAGAAUCUUCCUCAAGAAGAGAGUGACUUCUUUGAACUUCUUCGAAUAUAUUUUCCUACAGUUUAUGAUGUAAAGUAUCUUAUGAAGAGUUGUAAAAAUUUAAAAGGAGGACUUCAAGAGGUUGCUGACCAAUUGGAGUUGGAAAGAAUUGGUCCACAACAUCAGGCUGGUAGUGAUUCGCUGCUGACGGGAAUGGCGUUCUUUAAGAUGAGAGAGAUGUUCUUUGAGGAUAACAUUGAUGAUGCGAAGUAUUGCGGUCAUCUGUAUGGACUCGGAACGUCCUUUGUGAUGAACGGCAACAGUUACCACGACAACGGUGACAAUAGCAGCUCUUCGUGAUCUAUGAGGAUAAGUUGGGGCCAGUGAAGAAACGAACAGUGUGUGUGUGUCUUGUGUUUGUGCUGUUUGUCAAGAAGUUAGUAUUUUUAAAACGAAAACUCAAAGCCCCAGUGGACAAUAUUUCUACUAUGAAGACAUUUUGAUGUUUUAUUUUACAAAAAAUGUCAACAAACAUUUGAUAGUAUAAAAUAAUGUAUGGACAUGAGGUGAAUCUUGAAAGUGUUAGAAAGAUAAAAAUGGAGGUUAUUAUUAGUCAGUGUCUAUUCCUAGAAACAAAAGUAGUUUGCCAAUUAUUGAAUAUGUUUGAGCAAAUGGUGAUUAGUAGAAGUUAUUAUUGUUGUAUUGAUAAAUUCUCUUUACCCAAAUAUAGUGAAAUGAUAGUAAUACCUUCCAUUCUUUCUUUCUGGAUGAAGAACAGUAUAUUUGUCUUUCACAUGAUUGUGUCUGGUAAUAUGGUUUUAAAACCUUUUUUGUUUGUUAUUGAAGGUUAAUUCCAAGUGCCUUUUGAAUUUAAGGUUCUUGGGUAUUACUAAAGAUAAUCAGACUGUGAAAGACAGAUUAGUGUUACUGGUUGCUGUUGCACUGCCAAAAGAAAGAACCUCUUUGAGGUACCAAUGCAUGACUUUUCACUGCAAUACUGAUAAUUUAUUACGUAACUGGUUUCAUUCACUAAAAUUAGCAUGAACCUGAAUGAAAAAGAAAGAAUGAAAAUAUAUUGAGAAGAUUUUAUAUGCUUAGAAUUAAAACUGUAAAUAGUAGAACAAUCAAUUUUGUGCAAAUGCGAAAAAUAAAUCUUAAAUAUCACAUAUAUUUAAUGGAAAAUAUACUGUACAACUGUGAAUUAUUUUGUGGUUUCUUUGGAAAAUGUUCUUAUAAUUAAAACUCAUCAAUUUAAAUGAGAUUUUAUAUUUUAUACAUGGUUACUCUGUUCAAGAGAUUUAAAUAGCUAUUCAUUAAUGUAAGUUCUACUGUUUGCAGACUUUGUAUUGGAUUAAAGCCAGAUAUAGAAUAAUACAUGUGAAAUAACAUAGUACUUGUUUCUUUAGGUAAGUUAGAAAAGUAAAUUAUGCAUUGGAGGUUGUACCGUAUUUACUUAGAUAUCAAACAAAGUUAAUGAUGACAUAAUUCAUAUGGUUUUGGUAAAAUACUAGAAAUCAGUGUUAUAAUGAAAUUUUUUUUCAUAUUCACUAAAACAAUGCAGUGAUUCCUAUUAUAACAAAGGACAUUCUUGUGAAACACAUUUAUCACAUGUGAAAAUUGUAAAGGACUGAAUGUUUUGUGAAAAUGUUUAGUUUAAAUUUCUGUACAUCUUUAUGUCCAUUGCAGAAAUGUGCCUUUGUUGACUGUAAAUUAUUGUUGUCAUGGUGUUUAUUAUUAUCAAGAGUUACUGCCUUAAUAGUAUACAAUGGCUCUUAGAAAUUGAUGUCUUAAAAGGAUGUUAUUUGAGUAAAUGCGGUAUAAAAAUUUCACAGAAGAAAAAAAGGUUCAGGAAAAUGAAAUUCCUACUCUUUUUCUUAGAUUUUUUGUUGGGGUAGUAGAUAUUAAUCAACAUUGUAUGUAAUUGUAUAUAUAUACAUAGUAAUUCUUCUUUCUGUUGCUUUUUUUGUAAAACUUCUCAAUUUUAUAGAUGUACACUAAUGUCAGCUUUCAAGAAAGAAUUCAUAAAUAGGGAGAUUUUAUAGUUGUUGCAUGACAGUCAAUGGUGUAAUCCAGAAAAGAUGGCAGGCAUAAAAUUUCUGUAGAACUGAACAACAUAUUUAUGUUAGCAACUAGUUGCACAGCCUUCUACAAUAUACACAAUAUGCAUUUGCUAUCAAUUGCUGCUUAAUUGUAGUAUUUUUAAUUCUGAUCUAUUGUAAUUAAAUAUCUUGGCAUGGAAUGACUUGUGUCUAGCUGUUUUGAAUGAUAUAUAAUCUAAAUUUCAUGAUUCCAUUUAUUGUUAACAUUUUAGAUGGCAUUCUUCAGGCAUAAUUUUUCUGCUUAUUCUUUAUUUAUAUGCAUGGUGAUAAGAGACAGAAACUCCCUCACCAAUCAUAAUUCCAUGGCCUUUGUAAUUUGUUUUGAUUCAUAAUUGGAUUAAAACUAAAUGUAUGGAUGCAAAAAAGCACCAGUGUGAAAUCCAGAGUGAUCAGAUUGAAAAAAAAAAAAAUGCAAGAAACUUAAUCUGUUGUCAUGUUUCAAAUUUUUGGGAUUCUUAAUACAUCAGUGAACUUUAAAAUGUUUAAUAAUCCAUAAAAUUAAUAUGUAGUGAAGUUGAUGUAGAAUGUUAGGGGUUUGUUGCUGUACCCUGGAUUGAAUACUGUGCUUUUAUCAUAUUUCUUGAUAAACAAGUGAAAAUUUAUGAAGUUUGUAUCAUUUGUGGGUAGGGUGUUAAAAGGUACUUGGAUAUUACAAAACCAUUUACAAGCAUUUGAAAGUUGUUCUUUGAGAAAAAAAAGCAUUAGUACAAAUUACAAGGCUGUGAAUGUUAGCACAGUUUCCAUAUCCUUGGACACGUUUGAUAAUAGUUGGCCAUUCUGAAAUGUACAUUAAUAUUAGCUCCAUGAAGAAAAUAUAUAUAAUUUUCUUUCACCUUGUCCUCUCCACCAAAAUUAUUUCAGCUCUUAAAAUGUCAUUCUUACAAUAAUGGAAAUUUUUACUGAAUGUAAUGUAAAUAAUGCAUUAAUACUUUUUGUCAUUCAGUAUGAAUCAAAGAUAUGACUCAAUUGUAAUUAUCAUAUGACAAUGGACAUUCUGCUACUGAAUGUUCAGAAAUUUCUUCGUGAACAAAAUUUUGUAUUUUUAGUUGGCUUUGUGAUGUGAUCAAAUAUUACAGUUUAAGUAUGUUUCAUUAUGUAAAAAAUUCUUUGAUACAUAAAUGAUCACCCUUAAUUUCUUAUAAUGAGGAUAGUUCUUUGUUGUCAUGGUUUGUAUAUGAUGUGAGGAAGUACAUUAAGUAUACAGUGACUUGUGUUUUUUGCAGUGUAUGGUGUUAAGCAUUUUUACGUUUUUUGUAGUUAGUCCUUGAUUUAAUUUUGAAUUCAGUUCGUAGAGUACCUAGUCCAAAUUCUGAAAUGAAUUUUAUUUUGGUUUCAUUUUUAUUGAUUUCAAGUCUUGAGAAAUUUUAUCCAGACAUUUUUUUGGUAGGUAACUGCACUAAAUAUUUAUGCUGAAAAAGUAUUUUAUAUGAAACAAAAAUGUAUACAUUUUUUAGAGUUGUGUUUUGAAUUAGUGAAUCUUGGAGAUGAUUUUAUAGAAGGAAUAAGUGAAACUGAUUACUUUUUAAGUUGGUUGUUGUGGGUAAUGAGGUAAAGAUUAAAAUUAACUGACCUAUUUUGAACUUUCACCAAAAAUAAUCUACAUCUGUAAGGGUUAACAUUUCAUUAGAUUGCCACUUAAUACUUCUCUAAUUUAAAAUGGAUGUUACAAUCAUUGGUUACUUCAUUUUACGAAAGUAAAGAAAUUCUGCACGUUUCGGUUUUCGUCCCAACUAAUAUAUUGUGGUAGAUGAUAUUUUGUAUUUAAAUUUGUUACAAUUGUAGUAAAGGAGAAAGGUGUGAAUAGAAAGCAGCAGUCAUCUGUAAGGAAGAAUUACUAAACUUACAUAAAAAUAACAAGAAUUUUCUCGUUCAUUGUGGGGUUAGGAGGUGAAUUAGAGUACUAAAUAUAUGAUUCGGUACUGCCUUAGUUGCUGCGUGGGCCAUUAACGUUAUUAGUGUACUAAAGUCUCAAUAAUAGUUACAAAGAAACAAGAUGUUGGAUUAGGGCCAAACUAGUUUUGUCAGGUACCUCUUUCUAGGUUUGUGAAAUCAUCUUUGAAGAAAUUGUAAAAUUUUGAUAGUCAUUAUCAUUCAACGUGUAACUGUUAUAAAAAAGUCUAAUAAUAACUUCACUGAACCCUUAUUAUAAAUAAUUUUUCGUUUUUAUUAAUGGUUGAAGUAAAUACAACUAUAAAAAGCCCUUGCUUAAAAUUAACUAUCAGCAUUGAAAGUCACUUGUAUAAUGGCAUGCAAUUGUGCAUGACUAGAAGGCUUGCCAUUGAGAGUCAUUUAAUGAAAAUUGUGACCCUUUUAAAAAAAUUUUUGUAAUAGGAUUUGAGCGGACAAACAUUUUGCAUUAUUAAGUUACUUUUAAGCAUGCAAUGCAAGUGCAUUUGAUGUGCCCUUUGCUGCAUUUGAAUGGCAAUACCCGCUGAAAUAUUUGUGUACGAGAAUUCAGUUAUAAGUCGACUUUUUUGAGGGCUGUGGAAUAGAACUGAACGUGC